CACACACUCACAUUCCAUUACCCACCCGAUAUAUGCACGGGAUUGUACAUAACUUUUGUGCUAUUUGUUUAGGUAACCCAUCAAAAUUAGAACAAAAACAUAAUCAUUUUCAAUCGUCUCUCUUUGUGUUACAUCGCGCUUAGUAAAAAUAGAUGAAGGGACAAGGUGCACACAAAAAUUCAUUGAAUAGCAUGAUGCCAUUAAAAUUCCGCCCACCACAAGCGAGGUGAACUUAACAGAAAAAAAAAUGAAUCGCUCGAUUACAUAGUUCAGACCGCAUCAACGAAAUGUGGAGUAUGUGAAAAGCAACAACGAUUGUAUCAGAAGCAGUAGCAGUAGCACCAGUAGAAAAAAGCAAAUGAGGGCCAAAUGUACAAAAUUUCACAAACAGAAAAUCAAUAGUGCGAUUACGGCAAGGCGUAAAGGCGCACAUCGUGUGGAGUAUGUAGUGCAUGGCGUACAAAUAUGAUCCGCAAAAAAAGAGAGAGAGAAGAAAAGAAAGAGAGAGAAAGACAAUGGUCGUAUAUAAUCGCAUCAAUGACAUGAUUCCAUCUCUGAAACAUUUCGCUCCUUAAACCGUAUUAUACGUUCCAUUCGUAUGCAAGGAAGCCAGAGAGAGAAAGAAAGAAAAAAAAGAAUAGAGAGAGAGAGAGAGCGAAAAAAGCGACCAAAAUCAGUUGAACAUCGUUAUCCAUUUGCAUGGAGCUUAUGCAUUGAAAAUCCAAUCAAGCGAUUCCAUUUCGUGUAUUGAGCGCUCGCGUUUGUAACGAAAAUAGCUCCGGAUCGACAUAAAAUAUUCUCAAAUACGGUUGUUUGUUUGCAGUAAUCCAUUGCUUCCAUACUGCAUUUCCACAGCGACGUGUGGCAUGCACGUCAAUUUGUCGAUUUGCAUGUAAAUGGUGAUGCCCGUAAAAAAUCGGCUCGCGCCAGAGCAAAAAAAAAAAACAUACACAAAAUACAUUGAACAAAAAUUUCAAAAUGUUCGUUUUUUUUUUGGAAUUUUCACAGUACCCACACGAUUUUUUUUAUUCGUUGCGAUGUUAUUGAAAUUUCCAAUAAUUUUAUUUUCCAGUGCGAUCGAUUGCGGUUUUAAUCGACAAACGGUCGCGUUUUCAAUCCUAACGGUGAAUAGUAAUGCUUUCAAUCAGAGCAAUCAAUUAGAUAUUUAUAAAAAAACACAACAACUGGCGACGAGAGAAAAAGAACAUUCUGUUUGUAUUAUAGAUUUCUAUUGCCACUGCUGCCGUUCCUACUGUUGUUGCUGAAUUUUUACGCUAUUCAAAGUUAAUAGAGGUCGAGCUCUAUUCGCUUCAUCAACAACAACAAUGUAAAAUAGCUGUUUGAACGAAAACCGUAUUGAACGAUGAAAAAUCCGAAUAGUAAACAAUGUACAAUGGGCCAAAAAAGAAUCAAAACAACAACAACGAAAUAAAAACAGAUCAUUUUCGAUUCGCCGAUUCGCUCAGCAGCCUGUCGGUGGACAAAACACACACACACGCCGAGAGCGCAAUCAGAACAUUUCAAAAUGAAUAAAAUAUGAGUGUCGACACAGAAUUAGUGGGAGAGAGAGAGAGAGAGAGAGAGAGAGAGAGAGAAAGAGAGUAAAUCAAAUCGUGAGCUAUAACUGAGCGCACUUUUCAAUUUAUCAAUUAUUAACUGUUUAUAAAACAAUGAGCAAUUGAUACUGUGUUCCGUUCGGAUGAUGACGACGACAACGACGUUAGUGAUGACGAAAUACACUGUGUGCACUGCAGAUUAGAACAUUUUCAUUUCUAUGUGAUGGCCUAUAAAAAUCCCCACGAAGAAGACAACACUCAAUUCUGAACAUGACAUUAAAGCAGAAACAAAAACUUGUUACAAAAUUACAUUUACAUGUUAGUGCCACAUUACAUUGCGACGGAGAAUUCCGUUGUUAUUGUGUUACUACUGCUGCUGCUGCGAUGUUUUUGUUGUUUCUAUUUUUUGCGCGUAUUGCGAAUGAACGCUUUACGCUAGAAUUACGUCGAUAAAUGUUUUAGUUUGAGAAGAGUCUUGUUGAUUGUCAGAAUUUCGAUUCGUUUCGAAUUGGAAACGUGGUGAAAGAGAAAAACUCACAAUUAGUUAGACAAAUACAUGCGAGAAAGAAAAAACCAAGUGGCUUUGACGUGUAAUAAUACAAUGACUUGAUCAGGGGGCGGAUAGGAAAUGGUUUACCAGAUCACCAGAAACAAAGUCGAGCACUAGCCGGAGCAGAGGAAAAAUAAUAACUGAAAUCCAAUGCUAAACUCUAAUGGCAUUUAGAAGAGGAGAGAACAGAAAGUAGCAGCAUUAAACUGAAUUUUAGCUUCAAUAAAUGUACACAUGACACGUUCAUCUACUCAAAUAUGCUAACGCCAAUUUAACCGUUUACUGUUCUUUGUUGCGCCGUUUUGAGAGCGGCAGAGUUGUUUGUCGCAUCAUUUAUGUAUGAAACGACUGUCAUUAACUUUGUUUUUCUCUGUACACGGUUUUAAUUGCAAUCAACAAAAACACAAAACCGAAAAAAGCGUUUGAUGUGCUUGCUCAACAGCAAAAAAAAAAAACAAAUCGAAUCGAAAUAGAUCGUGUCGAAAUGUGAAAUAAGCGAAUUAAUUUCGGCGACAAAAUUGUCAAUUAGAUCUUCCUCUCUAUGAUACGAACGACAGUGCUGACACACAGUGUGGAUGCUGUUCGUUGGUGAUGCAAGUAGCUUUGAAAUGCGUGUAAAAAGAAGCAUUUAGUGUGUUGCUUCGAUGCUAUCCGAUUACACUCAGUACACACAACCAGCGCACCGAGUGAAUAAAGAGUCGCCGCCGCUCGAAACGUGUGUUUCGUUUUCUCGACUCAGUGAGCUGACGAGCGGGCGCGCGCAUGUAUUGUCAUCAUCGUUGUCAUGAUGUACAACAAUUGAAGAUCACAAACUGUAAAAAAGAAGCGAGUAAUUUGUUGUUAUCAUAUCAUGAACAGAGAGUAUUUUGUAUGUUUGAUUUGUGUGUUUUGCUCUGUCUUUUGGUCAUUCAUUGUCUCUGUCAUACGUUCGGGUCCCGUGUAUGUGUAUGUGUUGGUUGGCAUUUUAGUCAUUCUAACGACUCCAUGUGCCACUCUAUGGACAAUCGAAUCGGCUCAGCAUAUCGCCAUAACGAUAUCACUCGAUACAUAGGCACGGAUCCAAAAGCAAUAAUCAGCAAGUAACAGAGAAUGAGUAAACAAGGCAAUGAGAGAGAGAGAGAGAGAGAGAGAAGGAAAAAAUGGAACAACCAUAUGGACACACCGACAACCAAACCGAGCAAUCACACAAAUAAUAAAUUCUAUUUUUUCACUACACAAAUUUCCGAACAACAAUAGCGUUGAAUGUUGUCUGAAGUAGUAGUGUGCGCAAUGCACACAAACCAACAUUAUUAUUAGUUGGCAAUGUGAAGAUUUCAAACACACGGAAAAAUACAACACGACAAACGGACCGAUCAAACCUUGAAAAAUUACACGCAAUUUUUUCGUACAAAAAUACAACUCUGCCGAAAAAAGAAAGAAAAAAAAAAACAGACAGCGCAACGAAUAAACCUUAGAUGUUCCUAGCGACUCGACAGACAGCUGAAACCGAUCGAUUCAAAGACUUGUAUGUGUGAAAAUAUGUCAUAACGAAACAACCGAAACACAAUUAAAAUUAGUGCAAUAAUAACAUAUAUGCAAAUCACAAUUGAAAAUAACAAGAAAAACAAAUCGUAGAAUCGUUAUGAAAAUCAAGCAAAUUACUGGCUACAUUUGCUUGGCUGCAUAAACAACACAACAAAAAAAGCAGCAACGGCGAGAAAAAAACAAAUAUUCACACAUCAAUCUCUUAUGCGCAGAACGACGACGACGACGACGACGAUAUAUUUAUUCUCUCUUAUCGUGUUAUAUAUGAAUGAUGAUAAUUUUUUUUCUGCUAAGUCUAAAUCUAAAUCAAAUUCAAGUCAACUAAACAACCAAGUUACCAAGUUAAUUUAAGCAACGUGAAAUCGUUUCGAUUUGAAUAUUAGUGCAAUAUCAGCAAUAUAGAAGGAGAACACACAAAAAAAGUUAAUAAAAAAAACAAAGAAAAAUCUCACAUCUCUCUUCCAACUUCGUAUUUAUUUGAAAUUAAUCGCAACGGAAACAAAAUACAACAACAAGUAAAGUAAAAAAAAGUAAAUCCACAAACACACAUACGAUAGAAAUACAGAAAAAAAACAAGAGAGAAAGAAAAUCCUUUUGUGACGACAAAACGAAGUAAACAAUGACUAAUGUAAUAAAUACGUCUACGAAUUCGGCGUUAACAUCAAAUGUUCAUGCAACUAGUAUAACACAGCAACCCGAUGAUCUUUUGCCGUCAUUGGCAUCGUUAUCAUUUAAUGUAAGCAGUUCAGGUGAGACAUCGUCGUCGUCGGCAUCGUCGGGCAUCAUUCACACCAGCAUCCAAUCGUUAAAGGACGAAUCAAACGAAUCAUCAUCAUUGAGUACACUGUUAAAUCCCAUUGUGAAUAAUAAUACGGUCGAUGCGAAAGACCUGAAGAAACACGUUGAAAGCGUUGAAUUGCAAGGCAGCACGAAUAUGUUGACCGUGCUCACAUCACAAACCGGUGGCGGCAGCAGUGUUGCAUCGGUAUCACCGUCAAUGAGCGCCGCUCAGCCUCAAUAUGAUUUUACAACGAAAAUCACGGACGAAAAUUCAUCGGUGGCUGCAAUGUGGUCGAAUAUUGACGAUGGCAGCAAUCAUAAUGCCGUUUCGAAUGGGUUUAAAAGCAACUCCAGCUACUCCAAUUCGCUGGUCACAACGUUAAUGAACAAUACGAAUAUGUCGAACAUGCAGCAGCAGCAGCAACAGCAACAACAACAACAACAGCAGCACCACCAGAAUCGUCGGGCAAUAACUGCAUCGCAUGGAGGUUUUCAGCCAGGUCUUCCGACAAACAACUGCGCACCACGUAACAUGAUGCCACCUCCUUCGAUUCAACAGCACGGAAACCAUCACCCACACAAUAUGCAUAAAUCAAACCCACAAGACCAUCAAUCUCAUCAUUUGGCUAUGCAACAGCACCAACAACAGCAACAGCACCCACAUCAGCAAAAUUUGAACUUUCAUCAAACGCCCAACACAAUCGACCGCGAUCCGAUGCACGAACAACAUCGACAUCCACAAAAACCGAACAUGUACAACUCAAACUAUCCCGUAUGGUCGAAUCCUUCUUCAUCAAUGCCUUGGCAAGCACAACAGCAACAAGCCGCCAUUAAUAACUCCAUUCCGCAGCAACAAACACAUCAGCAGCCAUGGAAUCGCGGCCGUUCGGUUCCAAAUUUGAAUCCGAUGUCGAAUAAUCUACCAAAUCGAAAGCCAACGUCUCCGAAUCCAGGCAUGUCGAUGUCCGCAUUUGCAGCGUCACAACAAUGCGGCAUUACGUCACCGAUGAAAUACAGACGCAGCACGUCGUUUCCUGGCAAAGUACAAGGUCAAAAUUCACAUCACGCCAAUGUGGUUGAUAUCAGUGGACAAGGACCGAACAAUCUCUCGCAAGGUGGUGGUGGCGGCGGCCCAAUCGAUAUGAAUGCAUUGGACGAUCCUCGUGAUCAAUUCAUGCAAUAUCAAGAACGACUUGGAAACGGCUAUGAAAUGCGCUCAUUGGAACACUGUUUGAACGAUAUUAUGAAGGGUGUCAACGACGGAGGGCACCAUGAUUUCAAGGGAAAACCAUACUAUCCACGUAUCGAGGAUCAUAUUGUCGAAGAAUCCGGCGGCUAUGACGGUUUGACGCUGCCAAUCGGAUCGCCAGCACGUUCUUCGCCUCAAUCACAAAACUCGGACAUGAAUGAACGUUUCUCACGGAAAGUUUUCGUCGGCGGUUUGCCACCUGAUAUCGAUGAAGACGAGAUAACAUCAUCGUUCCGACGCUUCGGACCGCUGGUUGUCGACUGGCCACAUAAAGCAGAAUCAAAAUCAUAUUUUCCACCAAAAGGAUAUGCAUUUUUGCUAUUUCAAGAUGAGAGCAGUGUUCAACAGUUAAUCGAAGCGUGUAUAACGGAUGAGGAUAAGCUGUAUCUUUGUGUGUCAUCGCCAACGAUUAAAGAUAAACCCGUACAAAUUCGACCAUGGCGAUUAUCGGAUGCUGAUUUCGUGUUGGACGCAUCGAUGCCACUUGAUCCACGAAAAACGGUAUUCGUUGGUGGUGUGCCACGACCAUUGAAAGCUGUUGAGUUGGCUAUGAUAAUGGAUCGUUUGUACGGUGGAGUUUGUUAUGCUGGAAUCGACACUGACCCGGAGCUCAAAUACCCAAAGGGUGCUGGAAGAGUGGCAUUUUCGAAUCAGCAGAGUUACAUAGCCGCCAUAUCGGCUCGAUUCGUGCAAUUGCAACACGGUGACAUCGAUAAACGGGUCGAGGUAAAACCAUACGUACUGGACGAUCAAAUGUGUGACGAAUGCCAGGGAUCUCGUUGCGGUGGCAAAUUUGCACCGUUCUUUUGUGCAAACGUUACAUGCUUACAGUACUAUUGUGAGCAUUGUUGGACAACAAUUCACUCGCGACCAGGUCGUGAAUAUCACAAGCCACUGGUAAAGGAAGGUGCUGAUCGACCACGCGCCGUACCAUUUCGCUGGUGUUAACAAAGUCGAUCGUCGUUGAAUUCGUAGAACAUCGUUGCCGUCGCUAUUUCUCGCAAGUAAAACCAAAAAAAAAAACGAAAAGCAAUCUAAAAAAAAGUUGCAACAGAAAAUAGAAAAAAAAACAAACGAACCAAACUGAUAAAAAAAGAAUGAAUGCAAAGCAAAGCAAAAAAAUAUACUUAUUCAGCCAGCCAGCAAGCAAGCAGCAGCAAGAACAGCUACACACCACAGAAACUUUAAACCUUUUUCUAGUAAAAAAAAAAACAAUUUCAUUGCAAAGAUAAACAAAUUAUUUUGUCGCAAGAUUACACACUACCACAAUUCGUGUAAUUUUCUUUUUUUUUUUACAUCUAUAUAUUUAUAUAUACACACAGACACAGACAGAAAGGAGAUCACGUAUUUUUCUUCGACUCUCACGUUGUUUUAUUAUUUUUGUUUUUAUUUCGUUUGUAAGUGUAGUAACAGCCAUUAGAAGUUUAAAAAAAAAUGAAUGAAGAAAAAGAAAAUCAAGGAAACAAAUAUAUAUAAACGAUUAAAUACAUUUAGAUCAAUUUUUAUGAUUUUUGUCGGUAUUGGAUAAUGGAUAUUUUGGCGAAAAAAAAAACGAAACCAGUUUUUUAAAAGUCAAACUAGGUUCACGGUCAAGAAUAGUAGUAUAAUGCCGUCGGCAAAGAGUGUAAGGGACACAGUUUUCGAUUUGCAUGUAUCCGAUUUCGAAAAACUUGUCGUAAAUCGACCUCCCCGAAUUUUACUACUGAAACCAAUUUAUAACCAAACUGUAUAUUUCUACCAAUAAUCCUAACCCAAUUGUAUAAUUAGAUCAAUUCCAGUAGAACUGAACCUAUUCUUCUUACCUUUUUUUAGAAUGAAUUUUUUAUUUGUUUUAUGCAUCAUUUUUAAUUGAUUAAACCGCAAACUGCAUAGUUUAGUUAUUGUUAAUAUCCACUGCAUCUAAAUGAUUCUUGUUUAUAUAAAAAAACGCAGUAUAUACAUUGUUGUUUACAUCUUGUUGUUUUUUUUUUUUUGUUCUCUUUUUUUACUUUAUUCUUACCCUUUAAAACUAGAGCAUUUGCGUUUAGAAAUUCUUUUUUUUGUGUUGUGACUCUGAUUCAUUCAUCGAAUUUGUGUCUUUGACGUUGAGAUCGAACACGGAAUCGGUAUAAUAUUCAUUCGUGAAUUUCAAACUAUGCCUCAGCAUGCAUGAAGCGAAAAGUCUAGAGCAACGAGCAGUGUAUCGCAUAAAUAUGCGAAACCAGCUUCUCGCUCAUCCGUUUCCUUUUAAAAUCCAAAUAACAUAAUCAACCGCCAACUCUAUAGUUCCAAUUUUAUUUAAUCUACGAUUAGGAUUUUAAAACACACACACACACUCUUCUUUUCAACACAAAUGAUCGAAAAUCCGUUUAAUUUUGUGCAAUCUUCAGCUAAUUUCACGUUUUUACACAUACAUACAUAGUAGAUGAAUUUGCAUAAAACUCAUCAACAGAACAGAAUGAACAAAACCAUAUUAUAGUUUUUGAACCUCACUUGUAGAGAAUUUUCUUGUAAAGUCGAAACAAUUUCUAUUAUUUUUGUAAUGCUGUUUGAGUUUGUAAUAUGCAAACCAGAAUAUAGUAGUCACAGUCAUAUAUUGUACAAAAAAAAGUAAUCAAACUUAUAGAGACUAAUUGAAAGAAGAAGAAAAUGGUGAAGAAGAAGAAGAUGGAAGAAAAUGUUUAAUUUUGUAUGCAAUUUUAUUCGUUUCUUUGUGUCAAUAGUGCAGAAUUUGUUUAUUUAAGUUUUUUCAUGUGAUAUUUGUUGAUUUUUAAUACCAACCAAUUUAGAAGUUUCGUUUUUUUUCACACUUUUUUUUUUGAUUUUUCUACCAAGAUUUUUUUUAUAAUAAUAUAUCUCGCGACAUAGUAGAGUGUGGUUUUCUUCGAAAAAUACCACACUAAAAUUAAUUCGCUGACAAACCUUUGCAAAACUUUGGGUUUGAUCGACUUGAGUUUUGGGUUUGACAACGUUUCGUUCAUUCAACUCUUGAGUUUUUGGUUUUUUUUUGUGUUUUUCAUUUAAUCGAAUUUUGCCGGAGAAUUCGAAACAAACAUAAAAAUGGUACAGCAGAAAAAAAAUCUCUAUCAACACAAACAAAUUUAAAUAAAUGAAUAUCCAAUCACAAAUUAAUCAAUAAAUAGUUAAAAAAAAACAAGUGAGAGAAAAAAACAUUAGUCAAAUUUUAAAAUAAUUAGCAACAAUUUCUAGUUUCAAUUUAAAAGAAAAUAACAAAAACACACUACAAAAAAAUGAUGCAAAAAAGUGACAAAAAAUCUGAAUUUAUGAAAUAUGAUAUUAUAUUUACGAUUUUUGAUUGUAAUUGCAAGCAAAAAAAAACAAACAAAAAGCAGUAAAAAUAGAAUGAAUUUGUUUGAAUCACUCGCAAUUCACUGACACAGCAUAUAGAGAAAAUUAAAGAGACGAAAUGGGCUAGAAGCAAAAAAAUGGGCAAAGUGCAAGUGAUUGUUUGUGUCAGUCAAUCUAAAUAAAGAAAUAAAUGAAAAAUGAUGAAAUGUACCUAAACAAUUGCCGCAAACAAGCUCAAACAAACAAUUUUCGUUUCCUUUCUCAACUCUAGAUGUAAUAUCCAAAAAAAAAUCCGUUUCUUUUUUCUAUUCAACGCGACGAAAUUCGACCAUCAAUAUUUUGCGACAUGCAAAAGAAGCAACGAAAGAUUAAACUACAUACGAAAUGAAUUCAAAUAUAUAUAUUUUUUGCGCUUAAACAUUUUAUAAAAUACCAUUUAAUCUAAUUAAAAUUGGACAAAAAAUUACAAACCAAAAAAAAUAAAUUGUGUAGAACAAAAAUCGGAUUCCAAAAAAAGAGACAAAAAAGAAAAUCGAAAUUUUUCGCCUGAUCGAAGUUUGUUUCAUUUAGGAGAGCAAAAUUCGUAAUGUAACUUAAGUGCAAAUCAAUGGUAACCUCUUUGUUUGUUUGUUCAUACAAAUUUUUCCCUUUCUUUCUUUCUCCCCCGCCACUCAGGUGGACACGCGCGCAGAGAUAGAGAGAAAAGAGAAAAACUUUUUUCAUUUGACUUUUUUGUGUCGUCUCGUUGUUAUCGUCGUCAACAAAAGACUUGAAAAUACACUUUUUAAGAAUAUUUUUCGCUCUAAUCAACCCUUUUUUUCCUAUGAAAGAAAUUUAAUUAAAAAAAUCAUAAAAAUUCAAACUAGUUUUUAUGAAGAAAAAAAAAACACAAAAAAAAUGUACGCGAAUAUUUUAAUGUGACAAAAAUCGCAAAAAAGAAACAUUUAUUACGAUAUUACAUGAUGAAAUUUCACACACACACACAAACAAACACACAAAGAGAUGGACAAAAGAGAAUCCAAUUCAAACAUUUAUAUUUGAAUUCAAAAAUAAUAAAAAAACAAA